GAGGAGCGAGUUAGUUUGUUGGCUUUCAGCAAACCUCCUGCUCAGACUCGGAGUCUCUGCUAGUCUGUCAGUCACCGUUAGCUCUGUCUCAGUCACUCGGUCCUUCUUCUCCUCCCCCCUCUGCUAUUCUUUCCCCCUCGCUCUCUUGCUCUCUCUCACUUUCUCUCUCUUGCUCUCAUCUUUGUUUCUCUGUGGUGAUCUCGUUUAUUCGCGCCUGUUGCUCCUUCUUCUGCUGCUACAGCUGCUCCCACCAACUUAGACUUAAGGGAUAGUGCUGGGUGAUGGAUUGCUGAGCGGCUUGUACAUUGCUGUAAAGUGAGGCAGAGCUUCGAUAAGAGCCAUGAAGGCUGAAUGGCUCUUAUGGGUGGCAAUGACGGUCGAUUAGCCAUCACAUUCUUUUAGGUCUAAAACAUCUUCCCAAAUGGAUUGCUUUGAAGCUGUGAGCCGAGUGAUUGACAGGACCUAAAGACAUGGGGAAGCAGAACAGCAAGCUCCGCCCUGAGGUGAUGCAGGAUCUCCUGGAGAGCACCGACUUCACGGAGCACGAGAUCCAGGAGUGGUACAAGGGCUUCCUGAGGGACUGCCCCAGCGGCAACCUCUCCAUGGAGGAGUUCAAAAAGAUCUACGGUAACUUCUUCCCCUACGGUGACGCUUCAAAGUUCGCAGAGCAUGUCUUCCGCACAUUCGAUGCCAAUGGUGAUGGGACAAUAGACUUUCGGGAGUUUAUCAUCGCAUUAAGUGUGACGUCACGUGGAAAGCUGGAGCAGAAGUUGAAAUGGGCGUUCAGUAUGUACGACCUGGACGGAAACGGGUACAUCAGCAAAUCUGAGAUGCUGGAGAUUGUUCAGGCAAUCUACAAGAUGGUGUCCUCUGUCAUGAAGAUGCCUGAGGACGAGUCGACACCUGAGAAGAGGACGGAGAAGAUCUUCAAGCAGAUGGACACCAACAGAGACGGUAAGCUGUCUCUGGAGGAGUUCAUCAAAGGAGCGAAGAGCGACCCCUCCAUCGUGCGCCUGCUGCAGUGUGACCCCAGCAGCGCCGGGCAGUUCUAACUGAGGCUCCACUCCACCUAGCUUCUUUGGAGAAUCCAAAUGCCCUUAACUCUCCUCUCCGGAGCAGACUGAUGAUGAAGAAUGACAAGCUGAUGACGAUGAAGAAGACGAGCCUUCACUGCACUGAGGACAUCAAAGAGGGGCACAGGAGCCCAAUUCUCCAGCUGACCCCUGAGCUGUUUAUCCAAACCCUCCAGACCCCCACCCGGACAGAAACUGAUGACCCCCCCCCCAUCAAGUUAUCACACCCCACUGAUUGUAGUUACCCAGGUUCCCUCAGUCCUCCUAUAGGCACGUCCUGAGUAUAACGAAGGUCCACAGUAGGUUGUACAUAUACAGUAUAAACUGGAGUGUCUGUAUCAGUGUCUUUACUCUCUGUGCCCCAGCCUCUGUCACUCUGUGUGUGUCAUAGAGUGUGUGUGUGUGCAUGAGAGAGAGAGAGAGAGAGAGAGAGAGAGAGAGAGAGAGAGAGAGAGAGAGA